AUGCCUAUGCAUGUGAUGUCUGCUUUCGUUUGCCUAAAGGAGUUACAAAUAAACUUUCCAGUGCAGUAUCAAAUUUCUGGUGGAGCAAUAAUGGACAAACACGAGGGAUGCAUUGGUUGGCUUGGAAGAAGCUCUGCUGACACAAGAGUGAUGGUGGUCUGGGUUUCCGGGUUCUUGAGGAAUUUAAUAUGGCGUUAUUGGCAAAACAACUAUGGCGAUUUCUGGAUAAUCCAAAAUCAUUAUUCUCACAGGUCUUUAAAGGACGCUAUUAUCGGAAUGCUACUCCUACGGAUGGCAGAGUAUAGUGUCGGCUCGACCUCUGGUUAA